AUGUCAAACAUGUCUUUCCAGAACUUUGAUUCUUUCCAAAACCAGCACCCUGCUGCUGACGCCGCCGCUGCCGCUCCUGGCGCUCCUGCUACCGCGGACACCGCCAUGACUGGCCAGGCUGACCCUACUACCGCCCCCUUCCAGGGUCCUGCUCCCGGGGAGCCCUCUGCUGCCCCUGUUCCCCAGCAGGCCAACGAGGGAAAGACUACCCUCUGGAUGGGUGAGCUUGAGCCCUGGAUCGAUGAGAACUUCGUUCGCAACCUCUGGUUCCAGAUGGGUGAGCAGGUCAACGUUAAGAUGAUCCGCGACAAGUUUUCUGGGAGCAACGCCGGUUACUGCUUCGUCGACUUUGCGUCCCCUGCCGCCGCCGCCAAGGCUCUGUCCCUGAACGGUACCCCCAUGCCCAACACCAACCGUCUGUUCAAGCUCAACUGGGCUACCGGUGGUGGUCUUGCCGACCGCAGCCGUGAUGACCGUGGCCCUGAGUACUCGAUCUUCGUUGGUGACUUGGGCCCCGAGGUCAACGAGUACGUCCUCGUUUCUCUCUUCCAGAGCCGCUUCCCGUCUUGCAAGUCCGCCAAGAUCAUGACCGACCCCAUCAGCGGCAUGUCUCGUGGCUACGGCUUCGUCCGCUUCUCCGAUGAGAACGACCAGCAGCGUGCUCUGAGCGAGAUGCAGGGUGUCUACUGUGGCAACCGUCCCAUGCGCAUCUCUACUGCUACUCCCAAGAACAAGGGCCCCAGCCUUGGUGCUGCCGGUGCUAUGGGCAUGCCCGGCCCCGCGGGCAUGUACCCUCCCAUGGGCGCUCCCCCCAUGGGCUUCUACGGUGCUCCCCAGCCCAUGAACCAGUUCACCGACCCCAACAACACCACCGUUUUCGUUGGCGGCCUGUCUGGCUACGUCACUGAGGAUGAGCUCCGCUCCUUCUUCCAGGGCUUCGGUGAAAUCACCUACGUCAAGAUCCCCCCUGGAAAGGGCUGCGGUUUCGUCCAGUUCGUCCAGCGCCAUGCUGCUGAGAUGGCCAUCAACCAGAUGCAGGGAUACCCUAUUGGAAACUCCCGUGUGCGUCUGAGCUGGGGUCGCUCUCAGAACAACUCUGGCCCUGCCGGCAGCCCCUACCGUCCUGCUCCCCCUCCGCCUCCCAUGUACCCCUCCAUGGGCAUGCCCCCCGCUCACGGAUACGGCGGCUUCGCGCCUAUGAAGGUCGGUUCCCCUUGA